GAAAGCGACCAGCAUGUCGACUGGCAGUACAGCACUAGCAGCGCUAUUUCUCUGCUUAGCCGCGGAGGACGCUUUAGCCAAUGCGAUCACGGUUAUUACGUCUCGUGUAGUACGUCACCCCGAGGUCCCGUGCGCCCUGACUCUGAUACCACCACUCUUCCAACGUGCUGACAAUGAUUCAGCCGUCUACCCACCGCGCUUGUUCGUGUUUGGCACUACCGAUUGGCUGGAUGAGUUUUUACGUCGAUUUCCAAGCGUUGCUUCGAUUUAUCUGUGCACAACAACGGAAGAAAACGUGGAAGAGCCUGUGGACUUUCUUCUGGCCGAGAUGAUGCCGUCUGCAUCCAUCGUGCUCCGCAUCGGUGGCGAUGAAAGCCCACUGCGUGUUCCUCUUAGAGUGCGCCUCAUCAAUUGGGUGUCAUUCGAUUCGGACGACCAGGCCGAUAUUCUCAUGUCUGAAUUAUCGGUCGAGGACACGUGCCAUAAAUUCUUUCACGUGUUUGUAACGGCACGUCAGAGGGGGACGACGCACGUCUUUCACAUACCAAUGCCUUGCUCAUUGGGGGUAGCAACCGAUACUAUCAAAAGAUUGGUGGGCGUUUGGACGCCCGGCGCUGGCUGGCCGGCCCCGAACGUGUCUCUGUUCCCACCGUUAUGCGCAUCCUGGCGGCCCCCUCCGAACGGAGCACCUCUAAUCGCCGAUUUGUCUAUAUACCAUCCGUACCGACCCACAAUCCGUAGUUUCACAGGGUCAGAGGUGUCUGAGGUACUGCGAUUGCUGAGACACACCUACGGUUUAGAGUUUGAGACAAGGUAUAAUAUUGCACUUGAAGAGAUGGGGCCGUUGGGGGCAGCAGACGCGUGCCGCCUCAGCUUACAAGCGUUUCCGGUACGGGCUCAGAUUCGUGACGUAAAUUUUGUGAUUCACGCCGAACUAAGUUUGUUUCCUUGGGUGCUUGAUGACUGGAUUUGCGUAGUGCCUGCCGGUGCAGGUAAACCACGCCCUGUGUUGUACCCCUUAACCGCCGAGUACACGCCCGCAGUUUGGGCUGCCCUUUUGGCUGCUGUCCUCACCGUGGUGGCCUGUCUGUACCUCAUGCGUCACGACGAGAGUGUCCAGGAGCUGUUCCUCCAGGCGCUCUCGCCUCUGCUGGGGCAGCCGUUGGACGACAGGUGGGCUGGGCCGCAGGUAGCCGUCCUCGGAGGGUGGCUGCUUACCUGCUUGGUUGUGGUUGCCGGCUAUAAAGGGGAGCUCUUACGGCUCAUCGCCACCCAAAACGGAGAGAUAAACUCCUGGCAGGACUGGCUGGAAAGUGACUUAGAUUUACUGUUAAAGCAUCGUGAUCAAGCAUCGGAAUACAUUGCUAAGGGUUUAUAUGGUUUGACAGAAAGUAGAGUGCUUCCUUCAUUUUUUAUAAAUGAAAUCAAUACAAUGCCAUUCGCGUGGACAGUUUGCAUUGAACGUGUUGCGGUUGGGAAGGAUGUUAGCUUUAUAAUAAGCAAGUAUAUUUUUGACGUUUUAAUCCGGGACAAAUCGGUGGAAGAAUUUUUAAGUCAGAUACACACUUUUUCGGUGCCUAUUGCCCCAGAACUUAAAACUAGUUUCGUGGCCACGAAGGGGUCUCCGUUCGAAGCGCCUCUUCGAAAACUUUUAGGACUUAUUCAAGCGGCGGGGGGCCUUAAUCAUCAUCGUAAUUAUAAAAAAAAUCUCCCUCGGGAUUCGAAACACAAACCAUUUGCCCUAACUAAUGUAAUGCCUGUCUUUGCUGCUUACAUCGCCGGUAACGUGUUUGCAGUGUCAACUUUGUUACUUGAACUUCUUCUGCCAACUCUUAGACCAUUUUGGUCAUAUUUUUUUCCGCGAAAGCCUGAAAAGCAGACCCGUUCUCCCGCCAAGCGGGGUUGUCAGCUCCAUUAUGCUGGCAACUCCAUUCGGCAUGGUGGAGCACAGAGCAGGGUGGAGCCCUGCGUCGAGCGAGCUGCGCGAGCAAGUCCCAGUGAGACGAACCGAACUGCACUUUUGUUUAGCACUGUUAUGGCUAGUGCCUUUACAAAGGCACUAAGCUCAUAA